CUCUACCACAUAUGUGUCCUGUGCAUGUAACCAUUAAACAACCUAAAACAACACAAACUUAUUUGUGUUUACUUUUUUAGUGUUAAUUAUAACAAUAUCAUUUUAGGAUAAGUAGUCGUAAACAAAAAUUAACGAUAUAAAGAGCUCUUAAAUAGUAAUUAUUAUAAUAAAUUUUCCAAGAAACUGAUUUUAGAAAAUGGCUGGUCAAGGACAUCAAUUCCCUGGGAAUUUCCAAGGAAAUCCUGCUAUGCGGUCAGGAUAUGGGGCGGGCCCAAUGCCGGGUCAGAUGCAGACAAUGCCCAACCAGUUAGCAGGUGUAAUGGGUGGUCCCAUGGGUGCAGCUGGUAUGGUAGGCAUGGGCAACCAAAUGGUCCCCCCUGGAUAUGGAGCUCCAAUGCAGAAUCAAAUGGCUAAUAUGGGAAUGGCAGCUCAGGGCCUGGUAGGUGUACCUGGGCCACCAGGAAUGGGUCCACAAGGAGUUCAACCAACAGUUCCAGGUGCAAUGCAACCAGGCACUGUGCAGACCCCAACAGCCCCUGGCCCUCCACCAGCUCCAAGCCAACCCCCACAAAGCAAAGACUUCAAUAUGGCGUCUUUAUGCAAGUUUGGUCAGGAGACGGUACAGGAUAUCGUAUCUCGGACACAGGAGAUGUUUCAAACGCUGAAGGCCGCGGCGCCGCCAUCUGGCACAGCCCUUGGCGAGAGCGCGUCCCACGACAAGCGCGCCAAGAUGCAGGAGCAACUCCGAACUAUUCGACUGCUGUUCAAACGAUUGCGCCUCAUCUACGACAAAUGCAGUGAAACAUGCCAAGGAAUGGAGUACACGCACAUGGAGAGCCUCAUACCGCUGAAGGAUGCACCUGACCAUAAAGCCCUGGACGAGCGGAGGCACUCCGACGCCUACCGUGCCGCCCUCGACCAGAAUAGAGAGCUGGUGGAGCAAGUGGUACUCAAAAACAAGCAGCUCAAAGAAGUCAUCACCAGCCUUCGUACUAUUAUCUGGGAGAUCAAUGUGAUGCUCACGAUGCGCAGGUCCUAAACCUUAUGUUAGUCUGUGAUUUAGUGAUAAAUGUACAUUCUGUAAAUAGGUUAAUAAGUGUAAGGGAAGUUCUGUGUUGACUUUUUGGUGUUAUAAAUGCUAAAACGCGUGCAAAAUGUUUUAAGAUAAACAGUGACAGUAUGGGAUGGAGUAAUACGAAAGUUUUGUUACCCAAAGUGAAGCAUACCAUUAUUAUUUAUAAUUAUAACAGUUGUAAAUAAAUUUUUUAUAAUUAAUA